GAACAUUUGAAGUAGUGAUAGACAUAAACAAUAUGUCAUCACCUGUUGAGCUGGAAGACGUGCUCUCUGCUUCUCGGAGGAUCCAUGGCUGGGUCCACAGAACACCUGUCCUCACCUGCCACUCCCUUAACACCCUCGCCGGCAGACAGCUGUACUUCAAAGCUGAGAACCUCCAGAAGACCGGCUCCUUCAAAGUCCGGGGAGCUUGUAACUCGGUGUUUCUGGAGAAGGAAAACAAUCCGGACAGUGCAGGAGUUGUAACACACAGCAGUGGGAACCAUGCUCAGGCAGUGGCCUAUGCUGCCAGUAAGUUGUCAUAAUUUUUAAUAAUUUAAUUGAGUUUGCUGGA